AGGGAAGCUGGGAGACCCGGAGGAACAGGAGCGGGCGUCGCCAGGGGAUCAGCCGCUCCCGCGUUCGUCCGACCGACACUCAGCUAUAGCUGCUUCCAGGCAGUGGUGGUGGAGGUGGUGAUGAUGGCGGCGGCUGUGGAACGAGGAGGCGUUCGGGCUGCUUUCCUGAACCCUGGCAGCGGCAGCGGCGGACCCGCGCUGACAAUGCCCCCGACCGGAGCGCUAGCCGGGGCUGUGGUCCUGGGCUCAGGAUCCAGCAGUAUGCCCGUCCCCAUGAACCUCUUUGCAACCUGGGAAAUAGACCGAUCCUCUCCGAGCUGCGUUCCGAGGCUGUGCAGCCUCACCUUGAAGAAGCUGGUUGUCCUCAAAGAACUGGAUAAAGAACUGAACUCACUUUCUAUAGCUGUCAAAAUACAGGGUUCAAAGCGACUUCUGAGAUCAAACGAGUACGUCCUCCCUCCCAGCGGACUCAUGGAGACAGACCUUGAGCUCACCUUCUCACUACAGUACCCCCACUUCCUAAAGAGGGACGCCAACAGGCUGCAAAUCAUGCUGCAGAGACGAAAGCGCUACAAGAAUCGAACCAUACUGGGCUACAAAACAUUGGCCGUGGGAGUCAUCAAUAUGGCCGAGGUGAUGCAACACCCAACAGACGGGGGACAGAUCCUCGGUCUCCAUAGCAACGUGAAGGAGGCCCCGGUGCGCGUGGCAGAGAUCAGCGUUUACUCUCUGUCCAGCCAGCCCAUCGACCACGAGGACGGCAGCGGACAGGCUUGCCGAAAGACCAAAACCUCAGACCGCUCCCCUGAUAUGGACAAUUAUUCAGAGGACGAUGACGACAGCUAUUCGUCUGAGCAGGAGGCCAGUGAUGACGCAGUUAAUGCCCAGGAUAUUUAUGAUGAAGAUGACGAAGUGCGGAAGCCUAAGAAACCCCGUAGGAAAAUGAUCCGAACCACCUCCAUGACCAGGCAACCUAAUUUUAAGCAGAAAUUUGUUGCUCUGCUGAAGAGGUUCAAGGUUACUGACGAGGUGCUCGACUCUGACCCGGUGGACCAGACCCAGGAGGUUGAAGAGGAUCUGGACUUGCUCUACGACAGCCUGGAGGUGUACAACCAGAGUGACAGUGGGCCAGAGAUGGAGGACAAUGAGAGUGUACUGAGCACGCCAAAACCCAAGCUCAAGCCUUUCUUCGAAGGAAUGUCUCACUCCAGCUCUCAGACAGAGAUCGGAAGCCUGCACAGCCAAAAAAGUCAGCAGAGAGAGCUGUCCUGUCCCAGUGGCGAGUUUCUGACUGUGGAUAGAUGUAAAGUGCAAGGGAGCCGAUAUCAGGAUGACAGCAUCACUGAAACUGCUGUCGGGGUCCAGGAGCCAGAGACAGAAAACAGUGGAUCAGGAGCGGGAGAUGCGAACAGCUGGGAUGUCAGCACUGAACGCAUCCCCAGCACCGUUGGCAAGCUCUGUAAAACAGAGUCACAAAACCACAUGUCACCAAGUAAAGUGGAGAACAAGCUGCAGAGGCGACCUCGCAGUACCUCCAUGAAAGACAGACAAAACUCAAAGGCUCAGAGUGACAGAACCAGCAGCAUGGAGAGCGAGUGUUCCCCAGACUCCCGACUGAUAGCACAGUUUCAGAGUCUCUGCUCCUCGUUUUUCUCCAAGGUUCCCAGGAAAUCUGUGUAUGACCAACUAAACCAGAUCCUCAUCUCAGACGAACGCCUACCAGAGAGCAUCAUUCUCAUCAACACUACAGAGUGGCAAGGACAGUAUGUAGCCGACUUGCUCCAUGAACAGGGCCAGCCCAUUGUCUCCACUUGCUCUGCUGCUGAUGUUCAGGCUGCCUUCAACACCAUCGUUACACGCAUUCAGAGAUUCUGUAACUGUAAUGCACAGACGCCUCCAACGAUAAAAGUGGCCGUUGCAGGUGACCAGAGUUACCUCAGCACCAUCCUGAGGUUCUUCGUGGAGCAGCUUGCCAAUAAGACCCCCGACUGGCUCAGCUAUAUACGCUUCCUCGUUAUCCCCAUCGGUUCUCAUCCCCUGGCAAAGUAUGUGGCCUCCUUUGAUAGCCGCUUCAACAACAUCUUCAUGGACACAGCUUGGAGGGAGCUGUUCUGCAGGACGGAACGGCCCACAUCAGAUAACAUAGAUGUAGCAGGACGGAUCAUACAGUAUCUGGCCGGGGCCAACGUGUCCCACCAGUUCCCCAUCUCAGAAGCCAUGCUCACCUACAAACAGAAGAGGAAACGAAGUCUGUAUUUUGAUUUUUAUAUCAGCCCAGAUGAAGAUUCCUGUCAGAAGUUCGUGCCAUUUAUUGGGGUUGUGAAAGUUGGAAUAGUGGAGCAAAGUCUUUCCACCUCAAUGGACUCUGAUGAUGCAAUGGGAGGCAACACGAGCAUCCUGGCCUCCCCUCCACCCCCAUCGGCUGGAACGUAUGGGAAGGAGAUUGGAAGCACCCCCCCGCAGUCUCCCUCUGUGUCCACCGCCCUGUCAGGAGCUGGCUCUCCGUGUUCGGGCAGCGAGGUGAUGGGGCUCCAGGUGGAUUACUGGACGUGGCAAGGCUCAGAGAAGAAGAAAGAGGGCGAGAAGAGGGACGUGGGGUUGAAGAACACCCUGAAGUGUAACUUCCGGUCGCUCCAAGUCAGCCGGCUGCCCUGCGGAGGGGAACUCACUCCCCCGCCCAGUAUGGCCAUGACCGUGGUCACCAAGGAGAAGAACAAGAAAGUGAUUUUUCUCAGCAAGAAGCCCAAGGAGAAAGAGCUGGACUCUAAGAGCCAAGUGAUUGACGGUAUCAGCAGGUUGAUCUGCACAGCGAAACACCAACACACCAUGCUGAGAGUCAACAUCGAUGGGGUGGAGUGGAACGACGUGAAGUUUUUCCAGCUCGCCGCCCAGUGGCCGACGCAUGUCAAGCACUUCCCGGUGGGAAUCUUUGGUUACACAAAGCCGGUGUGACCCCGCCAGGCCACCGUCCGGUCAAACACCAGACUCUCAGCUGCACUUGUCUUACCCAGAGGCCACAGAGAAUUACACACAGAGCCAACAGGCCCGUUGGAAGGAAAAGUAAAGGCUUUCCUGUGGAAAUCUUACUGACUUACAACCACAUGUUCAGUAUAUAAAAAAAAAAAAAUCUUGUCAUCCGUUUGAUGUUUUUGAUGUUGUUGGGUGUUGCUGUUUUUAUUUUCUUCUUUUUUUAAAACACUACAAAAAGAACAAUUUUGUAAGAUUUUGUGGAUAUUUUGAGGUUUUUUCGACAAAUUGCCACAUUUCAGUAACGGCAGCUGUGUUUGCACUUUGAUUUUUGUUUAACAUUCUAUUAUUUCUGUGAAAUCCGACAUUUAUUGUUACUCUUUAGGCAAAGGAGGAGUGUGGUGAUGUGCAGUGGCGUGCGUGAGACUGUUACAGGCCGUGUUUUGUGUUUGUUGUUGAAAGUUGGAAUUUUGCUGUGAAUCUCGAUGGAAUUCUUCUCUUCUUACUCGUCCCUUUACUUUUAUGGAAAACUUUUAGUAGGAAGGAGCGCAAAGUUCUUGUUGCCUUGUUGCUUUGAAGCACACUAAAGCAAAUCAAGAGGGAAAAAAAAGAGACAUUGGAAGGUAGCUAUGAUGAAUGUAGCUAUUAUAUUUCUAACCUGCCGGCGUCGGUUCAUCGUACUGAGAAUUGAUGUUUCUGCGCUGGCGUACUUUUAGACAUUACAGUAAAAACCACUUAGAAGGAGGCUUUUUAACUCUUCUCUUAGCUAAACGCCAAAUUUAGUUGGAUCCGAUCGCCUCAUUUCAGGAUGUAAUAGAUUCCAUGUAGUAAUAAUCACCCUGCGUUUGACUAGAUGCACCGAUUUAACCUGCAGUUAUUUAGCCAACGCUGGACCGUGCAGUGAUGUGCCAAAGCUGGUUUUACAGACUGUUCUCCAGAGCUUUUUUCUUCAGCCAAACCAGAUGGUGUGAUAUUCAAAGCUGAUACUGUGCAUUCAAUGCGUCUGUGGUCCCUGUGGAGAUCAGUAUUAAUGUUACUGAGUUUCUAAUUUAGACUAACAUAAGUGUUAACAGUCCAUAUUUGGUCAAAUGUCAACAUAGGUGAGUGCAUGUCCUCACCAUGCAGUUAAUAGUUUUUUUUGGGGGGUAGAGCUCAGCUGCGGCUGAUUGGGGAAAUGCUGCGAGGAUCGAGGGUUUGGUUUGCAGUGAGAGAGAUUUACACAGUGCCAACGUUUCACGCUCCUAGAACUUUUUCACAUUUCAUUACGUUACAGUUUUAAACUUCACCGUAUUUUACUGGAAGUUGUCCAGGAUUGCUCUGCGUUUAGCCCUCCAUUUAUCCUCUUCUUUAAAGAUGUGCAUCCCAGAGCAUAAUGCUGCCACCACCUAGUCUGUCCAGUUUUAAGAAUUUUUUUAGAUGCUGAUUUCUAUCUUGAGUUAUUUAGCUAGCCAUUCAGGAAAAUGCUUCCAUCAAAUCUUUUAAACCUGCCUCGUCUUUGAUAAAGAAAAGCAUCCAUAAAGUACAAUGCAGCCACCACCGUGUGCAACAGUUGGUACGGUGCGUUUAGUUUUUAGCCACACAUAGGGCAUUCUAUCCAGGCCAUUAAGUUUAUUUUGAGCCUCCUUCUACAUGAUUAAUUUUCCCCCUGCGGCAGAUUCUGUUUGCACUCCUACAUAAAGAGGACAUUUCUGGAGCAGAUUUUAGCUCCUCCAAUAAUUGUUAAAGAAGGGUUAUUUUUGUAAUCCUUUAUAACAGAGUUUAACAAAUGUUUAAAAUAUGAAGUAAAUUACUUUGUGGUUUGUGGCUGUAACGUGGCAAAAUGUGAAAAGGCUGUAAAGCACUGUAAAUUAGAGUGAGCUGACUGUAGGUUGGAGCGCUGCGCAGGAGAUCAGUUGCUUUUUAAGAUUUCUCUUUACAGAAUGGAGUUGUGCCAGUUAUGAGUCCGCUGCCUGUGUGUCUGCAUUGGUGUGCUACUACGUCCGAUGGUACUCCCUAAAUAGUGUUACGUGAAACUUUUGCAAUAGGAAAACCUUUUUUUUUUGGACAAAGGGCCUUCUGUUUGAGUUUGCUUUUUAUAAAGACUAAAGCUUUGAUAGACUGGCUUUUUUUUUUUUUAUUACUGUAUAUAAAUAUUUACAAGAUAUACUAUUGUGAGCUACAAACCACCCCCUAACCUUCCACUAAAGUUAAAGCACAAAUUGUAAUUUUUUUUUUUUCUUGACAUGAAUGCCAAAUAUAUUUCCAGAGCUCCUAACUAUGAAGUCGACAAUGCAAACACUGUUGGGUGUUACGCUGCGUUCCGUUCACUCAGUAAUGGGAAGCUGGACUUUUCUUUGAGCUGAUGGCGUUCAAGUUUCCCCGCUUUGUGAGCUCCAAUACUCAUUUUUAUGUCAAUGCUACAACAAAAAAUUGUGUUCUAUGCUGUUCUUAGUGCAAAUAAAGAAUCUAAGGAAAAUAUAAACUCCUAUAAAUGAAAGUAGCAGCCAUUUUGAACCCAUAAGACGAAUUGAAAUGUCCUAUGAGGUGGUCAGAAAUUCUGAGUAAACACGGAACGCAGCGUUAUUUCGCAUACAUUUCCCUCACUUUGUGAUGCACUUUCAUGUGGUUUUAUACGCAUAGUAACUCUAAUUGGGACACACUUUAGCUUAAGUCUGAAGUGUUUCAGAAGUUAUAUUUGAAAAGGAAACCACUACCUAUAUGUAUAGUCAAUAGAAGUUUUUUUUUUUAUAUAUAUAGGGAUUAUAUGUUGAUGGGCUUUAGUUCCCUGAUGUUUUGCCACUUAAUUUCAACACGGCAUCUGUGUGUCUCUCCCUGUAACCUGCUUUUUAAAUGAGUCAGUAUUGUCUCUUGGUCAGGAAACCAGCUACUUCCUCGCAGGCUGAAGCCCCUUAUACUUAUAAGCAAAUUAUCUUAUUUCAGUGUAUUUAACCUCAUUUUUUUCUCCCCUAAUUCUAGAGGUAGCAUUUGGGUGUUUUACAAGGCUGGAUCAAUGAGCAGGCAUGCUCACUUUGUUACCAUAACUUGGCAAAAGAAACUUAAACCUUCAGUAUUAUGCUAAAAAAA